UAUAUAUGAAUAUAAUAAAAAUGUCAACACACACACACACAGGAAAUAUGACAACUGUUUACUUUCUAUCAAUGUUUGCCGAAUUUGCGACGUGGACCAUGUAAUCAUAUUAAUAUCGAAUAAUUUAAAGAAUAGAUCUGUGAAAAUUUCAUCCUACAAAAAUGAUUUCCUUGAAUUAUUUCUAUAAAAUACAAGUGAUAAUCGGUUAUUAUUAUUUAUGUGUAAACGCCGUGAAGGAUAAUAACAGCUGUCACUGUGGCAACAGACUAAAUCGACAAGCACUUUUCAAUCCUCGUAAGGAAGGAUACUGUGCCAUGGAUAACUCGAAAUUUAGCGCGGUUGACGUAAACAAGGAAAACAUAAAGAAAAUGAUCAAAAUUGAUACCGGUACAUAUUUCAUAGGAACGAAUAAUCCAGUUUUUGUAGCGGACGGAGAAGGUCCAAAACGCGAAAUAGUAUUAGAUAGUUUUUAUAUAGACAAAUUUGAAGUGAGUAAUGAAGAAUUUGCAGCUUUUGUAAGCGCUACCGGGUACACGACAGAAGCAGAAAACUUUGGAGAUUCCUUCGUUUUUGAAGAUCUCUUAACACAAAAUACAAAAGACAAGAUCGACAAGGUUGUUGCACAAGCUCCUUGGUGGUUACCAGUGAAGCAAGCCUCGUGGCAACAUCCAGAAGGACCCGACACAAAUAUCACUUCCAGAAUGGAUCACCCUGUUGUUCAUGUCUCCUGGAAUGAUGCAAUUGCUUACUGUAGUUGGAUAGAAAAGAGAUUGCCUACAGAAGCAGAAUGGGAAGUUGCAUGUCGUGGUGGACUUUCUGAUAGACUCUAUCCUUGGGGAAAUAAAUUGAUGCCAAAUAAUCAACAUAAAGUCAAUAUUUGGCAAGGUAAUUUUCCUACAAAAAACACUGAAGAAGAUGGAUACAAAAGCACAUCACCAAUUACAUUAUUUCUGCAAAAUAACUAUGGUCUGCACAAUAUUGUUGGAAAUGUUUGGGAAUGGACGGCCGAUUGGUGGAUGACAAAUCACUUACGUGAUCGACAAACAAAUCCUACUGGUCCAUCCAAUGGUUCUGAUAAAGUGAAGAAAGGUGGUUCCUAUCUUUGUCACAAAAGUUAUUGUCACAGAUACAGGUGUGCUGCGCGUAGUCAAAAUACACCUGAUACAUCAUCUGGAAAUUUAGGCUUUAGAUGUGCUAUGUCAGCAUAAGGAUUAUAUCAAAUAUUUAAAAGCAGAAAGUAUGAAAAUAAAUAUAUAAAUAUACAUA